UCGACUUCAGAAUGCCAUCCAUAUCGGAUGCCGAAUUAUCAGAACUCGUUGAGCUCUCGACCAAGCUACUACAGCUAUUAGAUUCCGAACAUGACCUGUCUCACUCGGAAGUCUCGUCAAUCCCAACGAUUAUGCUGACUACCCCAAGCGGACAAGAGAUGGACAUUGACACAGCGCCUUCUUGGAGGGAUGUCCAAUUACCAGCCCACUUAGUGAACCGCGACAAAGGUAGUGGACACGCCAAUGGUAAUUCUGACGGUAAUGGAAAUGAUGGGAAAGAAAAAUCCAUGACGCCUCAACCAAUCGUGAGAGAAAGGAUGACAGGUCAUGAUCACCUCCGAGUCAAGAAGACGAUAAAGAAGAUUAGAAGAAAAGUUCAAGGUAUAAACGGAAAAAGAGUCGGUGAAAUCGAAACUAGGGGCGGGAAUGAUACGGAGGGCCUUUCCCUCGGUCAGCCUGAUGCCAGCGACAAGACCACGCUCUAGAAUUACCUCCAGCACUUAGGCAAUCUGCCAUGGAAUCCACAUCCGGCUAUCACACGGCACUCUUCUGUUACGUGAUAACGGUUCGGGUUGAUGAUGUUUUCACUUCGAGCCACUGGGAGACAGGCCUGGCUCAAAUCCUGUAUUCUUUCCAUGGAGUGUUUGUUGGGUUUCGUUUGACAACGGCGGUGUUCAAAUAGUAUC